CCGCCAUUGUUUUUUACGUCUUGUCAGUAAAACCUGCUCGUAUAAUCAAAGAAUAAUUUUCCUCUAAAGCAAAUUUUGAAGUUGGAAAAUGAGUAGGAAAAGUCACCCAAAACUAACCAGCGGCGCACUUCGGCACAUCAUUGAGAAAGGACUGCGUGCCAAUGAAAAUCCUAUUAUACAAGUUUUGGGUCACAAAGCUAUACCAGGCGAUAAAGGUGACGUUUAUCGCCUCCUAAUUUCUGAUGGAAAGUAUUCCUAUGCGUAUGGAAUGUUGCCUGGCAGCCAAAACCAUCUAAUCGAGGGUGGCCAGCUCGAGAACUUCACCAUCAUUAAAGCAAAAAGAUGUGCCGUCAAUAAAGUUGCUACUACGGCAACUGCCGGCAAAGGUAACAGGAAGCUCCUAUUUUUUAUGGAUAUCGAGCCACUUGUGGCUGGCAAUGAGGUAUGUUUAAUUGGAAACCCUCAGGCUCUUAAAGACAAUGGAGAGAUUAGUGAAGAGGCGGCAGCAAAACCUGCACCACCUGAACAUGGAAAGAAACAUAACUUGGAUUCAACGGCUGCACCACCCAGUAAAACUGGUAGAUAUGAACAGAAAACAUCAAAGCCCAACGUUAUUACCCAUCCCAUUGACAGCUUGACGCAAUAUUCCACCAAGUGGACGAUACGAGUGAGAAUAAUAAAUAAGAGCGACAUCCGUACCACGGAGGAAGAGAUGAAGGAGAGACAUCGCCGUGUUAAAAAAAUGACUACAAGCGUCACCCCCUUCUUAAAUGUUGCCAGUUAG